CCCAAUACCAAUGGUGUUUCGAAAAGUUACCAAGGAGAAUGUUAUCCUCAGCAAUGGCUUGAAAUUACCGGUUGGUAUAAUGAUUUGUAUGGACCUCUAUACUUUGCACCGCAGUAAACAUCUGUAUGGUCCCAAUGCAAACGCUUUUAAUCCUGACAACUUUCUACCUUCAAAUGUUGCUGAAAGGCACCCGUUUGCAUAUAUACCGUUUACCAAAGGUCAAAGGUCUUGCAUUGGUAAGAGAUAUGCUGAACUAUUUUUUAAAAUUUCAUUGGCAAAACUUAUAAAAACGUACAAAUUUACAACAGAUUUUAAGUAUGAAGAUCUAGUUUGUGAGAAUCACAUAUCUUUGAAAUUAGUAGAAGAGCCGCGUGUUCAUCUGGAGAAAAGAGAAUAUCAAUAAUAUUUUGGGAAAAAAUAUUGUAAUUUUGGCCCAAAAAGAAAGUGAUCUAAUA